AUGCCACAGCCCAAGGUCCAUCUCGUGCGCCACGCGCAGGGCUUCCACAAUCUAGGAUUCGAGUUUCACUCGCUGCUUGAUCCCAAACUCACACCGUUGGGAGAGACUCAAUGUGCUGAGUUACAGUCGACCCAUUUUCCCCCAUCGGCACAGCAAUCGAUUAGUCUUGUCACCGCAUCGCCACUGUCCCGCACACUACACACUGCCAAUCUCUGUUUUGGGCCAGCGCUCAAGAACGGCAAAUGCCAGCCGACAAUACUAGCUAUUCCGGACGCCCAAGAGACGAGCGAUUUCCCCUGUGAUACAGGCAGCGACGUUGAUGUGUUGCACGCCAUUGUCCAGGAGCAAAACUGGCCGACCGACCUCUCUCUCGUCAAGGACGGCUGGAAUGUCAAAACUCUGCAGAAUCGCUACUCCCCUGCUGGAGAUGCUAUCAAACGGCGUGCCAGGGAUGCACGACUGCUGUUACGUCAGAAAGCCAGGGAACUUCACGCGGCCAAUGACGAAGCGGUCGAGAUUGUGCUGGUUGCUCAUGGUGCCUACAUGCAUUAUAUCUCAGGUGACUGGGAAGACGCCGCUAAAUUCACAUCCACGGGCUGGGAGAACUGCGAAUUCCGCACGUACAACUUCGCCGCCGACUUCCUGCGCGACACCGAUGCCGAUGCAUUGUUCGUUGAAACCACAGAGUCGCGGAGACGGAGAGGAAAGAAUCAUCCGAUGAUAGACCAUGAGAGGCAGGUGGCCCUUUGUGAGGAGAUGAUGCAAGCUUGGGAGGACCAAGGAUGUCAGAACCCGUCAAAACUGAACGUGCUUCCUAGCGAGGCUGCAGCCCAGCAGCUGGUCAAGGCUGAACAAGAGGCACCUCUCGACUUCCAAGGCCAAGAUACUGCUGCUCAAGGGCUCGGCCUCAAGAAAGUGAACAGCGAGGUCGAGGUCAUGGCUUGA